AUGGCAGGAUUCGCAUAUAGAAUAUCAUCUUUCAAGAAGGUCAAUCCAUUACCAUUCAAGCAAGCAAUUAAUCAGGACAAAACUAUGCACGAAUCUGGUAUACAUUUUGCUGCUCGUGCUCUUGGAGUAGCAACAAUUAUAACUACCUCAUCACUGGGAGCACUGUCUUUAUUUACGUGGUACAUUAUAAACCCAGUGGAUAGAAACGACUUUAAUGAACGUAUACGAAAUGUAUUCCCUUCUAGAUGGAAGAUAAAAUCAUCAGAUUGUCGUUCUGAAAUUAGAACUUUCGAAGAGCUUUCAUCCUUAAUAAAUGAUUCUGUAAAAAACAAAUGA